UGUAGAGCUGCACUCUAACUCAAAGAUUUUCACGUGUAUUAAUCUGAAUGAUUGAUGUCAAAUGUAGGCCUUCAAUGUAUAUUCGCUGUAGAUCAGCCUAAAAAAUAUAGCACUAUACAUGUACGGUACAAUUAUAAUUAUUUUAAGAAAAUUAUAAAAUUAUGAUUUUGUUAAAUAAUUGAAAAGUCUUGUGUUUUUUUAUUAUGUUUGCAUUUUUGUUAGGUUCUUCUUGUGACUGAAGGAUGCGUGGAUAUAUACAUAUACGUAUGUUAUCAGUGUUGUAAAUAUGCUAUGGGUGUGGUGUCAGUUAGGCUUGACCUGUGAAGCAGAACUUUGUUCACUUUUUUUUUGCAUCUGCACACCAAAGUUUAGAAUAACAGGAAACAAACGUUUUUUUCAAUAAAGAUAACAUUCAAUUGCUCAGAAAUACAGACUAGACAUUGUUAAUGUGGUAAAUUACUAUUCUAGCUGGAAACUGCAGAUUUUUUAUGGAAUGUCUACAUAGAUGCACAGAGGCCCAUUUCCAGCAACCAUAACACCUGUGUUCUAAUGGUACAUUGUUUAGCUAAUCGUGUUAAAAGGCUUAUGGAUGAUUAGAAAACCCUUUUUGCAAUUCUGUUAGCGCAGCUGAAAACUGUUGAACAAAAGUGUGAGUUUUCAUGGAAAAUAUGAAAUUGUCUGGGUGACCUCAAACUUCUGAACGGUAGUGUAUAUGUAUACAUACAUUAGAGUCAAUGAAACGAUCAGAAUCUUCUUGUUUCAGAACCAUGAUCUGGUGGACUCCCAUAGUGGUGGUGGGACUUAUGCUGCUUGUAAGAGAUUCCUUGUGCCAAGGAUUUAGCUUUAAAUUGAUGGAAACUAAUGUGACUGCCAAAGAGGGCGAGUGUGUUCAGAUCAAAUGUACCGGUUCUGGCUAUAUCAGGGAUAAAUCUCCUAUCUGGUUCUGGUUUAAAAAUGCAAAAUUCAAUACGACAUUGAGAAAAUUACAAGGCACAGUUGUGUAUAACAGCAGCACCAACAAGGUCCAUCAGGACUUUGAGGGCCGAGUGACGGUCGGGUCACCCAAAUUCCCCUACGGCAACAAAGAGUGGGUCCUUAAGAUCUGCUGUCUCCGCAUGAGUGACAGCGGUAACUAUUCUUUUAGAUAUGUAGGUGUAAAACUUUUUCACACAGAGCCUGUGGCGAAGCUUCAAGUUAAUGAAAAUCCAUGCAAAGUCAGUUUUCAGACAAGUAAAAUAUAUUUGAAUGAAUCUGACGAGGCCGUCUUCACCUGUUCAACUACAUCGAGUUCGUGUGGCAAGCGACCAAUCAUCACAGGGCUCCCGACGCACGCCCAUUUGAAUAGAGAUAGCGGUACAAGCACAGUGGCCACGCUCACGGUCGUCUCGACGGACCACCAAACAGUACUGUCGUGUGGCGUACCGGGCCUCAUCGACGAGUGUGUCCGCCAGAACGUCACCCUGACGGUACAGUACACUCCUAGGAAGCCCGUUCUAUCUGGGACAGGGAAAAAUGUGACUCUGGGAGAGUCUCUAACACUGACCUGUUCAGCUGAGGCGUUUCCUGCCCCGACUGUCUACACCUGGUUCCUCCACAAGGACUGGAAGAACGGGACCACCCACUCUCCAGGGUGGCUCAACGGGACCUCCAACGACCGGCUGGAGAUCGAGCGUGUGACGAGGGCUCACCACGGCUGCUACCAUUGCAGCGCCUCCAACCUCCUUGGAAGAGGGAAUGACAGCAGUAGCUACUGCGUCGAGGUACUCUUUGCUCCCGCCCUGCCGGUUCUGUCUAUGGUAAAGUUGGCCACUGAGGGGGAGGAAAUCACUAUCCACUGCAAUGUGGAGAGCUGGCCCCUCCCCUCCAGCCUGAACCUGUCAUGGAGCUCCGCCAAAGAUCCCAGCAUGCAUCACCUCCUCCACCGUGUCUCCAACGCAGCCUCACUGACCAAGAGGCUCAAUGUGACGUCUGCCUCGGCCGGUCGCUACACCUGCAGAGCUCAGAACACCCAAGGAUCCAACCAAUCGGAGACGGACUUAACGGUCAACUAUGCUCCUCAGAAUGUGAGUGUUAAAGCGAAGAGUUUGGAACUGACUGAGGGGAAUACCCUGGAGCUGUUCUGUGAGGCCAAGUCCUUCCCUACUGUCAGCAACUACAGCUGGACCAGGACCAGGACCAGCGCCGGCCAGGAGGAGGUCGUAGGAUCCGACCAGAAACUGAAUCUAUCGCCGGUCACUUCGGCCGACCAUGGGCGGUACCGCUGCAGGGCCCAGAACCUAGUGGGAAGCAGAGUGUCCCGAGAAGUUGGGGUGACAGUGAAAUAUGCUCCCAAAAGUGCAACGAUAACAGUAUUGAGUGGGCAGGUGUACGAUGCUGGCGCUCCGAUUCAACUGAGCUGUCUUAGUACCAGCUAUCCACCUGUCGAUUCGUACAAGUGGUACAAGAAGUUGAACAACGUAUCAAAUGUGGAGCCUGUCCAGAGCGGUCAAAACCUGACGGUCCGUCCAGACCAUCCCGGGAUCUACCACUGUUAUGCCUCCAAUGAAAUAGGCGGAACAGAUUCCAACCCGGUCCGAUUGUUCCUCAACAGUCAGUACACUUCCUCAUGCUCAGAUAGGGCCUGCUUUUACGUGAGCCUCGAUACAGAAGUCUUGGUUUGAAAGGCUGGCUGUUGUCCUGACUGCUGUUCUGUUAUUCUUCCAGUUUUUCUGACUGUGAAUGUUUUUGUUCUACCUGUUGCUGUUAUUACUGUUGAUCUGAAUGUUGUUGUUCGGCCUGUUGCUGUUCUGACUUUUAUUCUGUAACUGUUGUUAUAUGACUGUUGUUCUGUGACAGUUGUUCUGUGACUGUUGUUCUUCUGACUGUUGUUCUGUGACUUUUGUUCUGACUGUUUUCCUGCGACUGUUCUUCUGACUGUUGUUCUUUGAUUGAUGUU